AUAGGCAAACUUGUGUCACUAAAGCCCCGUAUUCAUGGUAAACAUUUGUUUAGCAACAGUUGAUCAACAUUGUUGAUGAUGCUGCUGGAAACAUUGUUUAAAUCAAUAUUGGCUGUCCACACGCCAGUCUGCGUUAAAAUGUUGCCCGAGGAAGUAGUGUUGUUGUGUUCUUUGUAUCUGAUGUAUAGAAUUUCUAAUAAAAAAAAGAGAAAAAGAUGGUGGAUUCGAAACUAUCUUCUGCAAAGAGAAAAUUUGAUGAGUGACCUCAGAAUGACAGAUGGAUCAUUUAUUAACUUUACGAGAAUGUCGAAAAGAGAUUUCGAACAUCUUCUGGAAAUCAUUGGUCCGUCAAUAGUCAAAAGGGAAACAAAUAUUCGUCAGCCAGUUUCACCUCAAACGAGGCUGGCUAUUACAUUACGAUAUCUUGCAACUGGAGAUUCAUACAGUUCUCUUUCAUAUACAUUCAGAGUAUCAAAACAAUUGAUCAGUAAAAUAAUACCACAUGUAUGUCAAGAACUAAUUAACUCACUAUCAGGAUAUGUCAAGGUUCCAAGUUCGGAGCAGGAAUGGAAACAAAUAAGUCGCGAAUUCGAAAUACGAUGGAAUUUUCCACAUUGCAUUGGAGCCAUUGAUGGGAAACACGUUUUGAUUGUGGCGCCAAAUAAUUCUGGAAGUGAAUACUACAAUUACAAAAAUCAGUUCAGCAUAGUACUUCUGGCAAUUGCAGAUGGCAAUUAUAACUUUAUAUACGCAAAUUGUGGAGCUAAAGGUCGAUCAUCCGACAGUGGAAUAUUUCAGAAAACACCGUUUUAUAAUGCAUUGUUAGAAAACUCACUUAAACUGCCACGUCCUGAACCAAUAACCCAAGGCGGACCAAAAAUGCCAUUUAUCAUUGUAGGUGACAGUGCUUUCGCGCUAACGGAGAACAUCAUGAAACCAUAUCCUGGCAUUCAUGAACAUGGGAACAAAAAACGUAUAUUUAAUUACAGACUAUCAAGAGCUAGGAGGAUUAUAGAAAAUGUUUUUGGCAUUUUAUGUGUGGUGUUCCGUGUAUUCACUAAACCUAUUCCGUUAAAACCAGCCAAUUGUGAACUCGUGGUAAUAGCUUGUGUAUAUUUACAUAACUUCUUAAGACGUAACUCAGUUUCCAGAUCAAUAUAUACACCUCCACAAACUUUUGAUUUUGAAGACUCUGAAGGUAACCUAUUAGAAGGUUCAUGGCGAAGGGAACUAGGUUCGCUUCCUAUGACCGAUUUGCAAAGAUGGGGCAGACCUGCAUCACAAUCAGCUUUUUGUAUUAGAGAACAGUUUGCCGAUUACUUUAUAAGUCCAGAGGGAAGUGUUCCAUGGCAAAAUAAUAUAGCGUAAAUUGAAAUAAUUUUACAAACAAUAAAUAGUACAGUAAAAAUUAUAUACAAAAACAACUUACUGUUUUAUUCAUAGUAUCCGUUUCACCUGAAGUGGUUGCACCACAUAACAAAAAUUCCAAUGGCUCGUAAUAAAUCCAUUUGCAUUUUUCUAUUGCGCCGCUGCCUGUAGUUUUCAUAGCCGACAACUUUUUUUUCUCUCUAGUAAAUUGAGUACGCAGUACAUGUAUUUUAGUUUCCACGUCUUUUUUGGAUAUAUUUAGGGCUUGAGAAAUUUCAUCGAAUGCAUCGUUCUUUUUGUUUUUAUCUUUGUAUUCUUUUAAAGAAGAAUCCCAUAGUAAUGAUUUUGAUUGAAAUAAUUCUAUUAAUUGCAUUAUUUUAUCAUUGCUCCACACUACUGCCAUGUUUAUAAACUGUUGCAAACACGUCCACACACGUCAACAUUUGAUGCUAAACUGAUGUUUACGCUCAUCGAGCGAGAGCUUGUCAACAUGCUGUUAUCAACUCUGCAACACACAGUGUUGCCAGCAACAUGUUGACAGCAACUCCGCAACACGUUGAUUCAACUUUGUUGCUAAACAAAUGUUUACCAUGAAUACGGG